UGACGUACGUUGUGCGCCUCACCAAUAGGAUUGCGAAACAAUCGGGUCAACAACAUGCGGGGUUCAAUGUCACAGACGCGCGUGCUGCGCAGCUUUCAUUAAUGUAGAUCCCGUGGACAAGAACCGUAUUAUUUGAGGCUUCAAGCUUGUUGGUCAUCAUGGCAGCGUGUGGAGGAUGUAGGUUCUUUGUCCUGACUUUAAGAACUCUGUGUGGAACAUCAAGAUCUGCAUCACCCUGCUCUCUGCCUUUAACUAAACACAGGACUUUGUCCACCUCUGCGAGAACUUACACUCUAGACCCAUUCCCCUCCGGGUCAAGGAAGACCCCGGCUCAGGUGGGCAAACCAGAGCGAAUAUCUCCUUCCACAGGAGGCAUUCAGAGGAACCUCUCUGCUGUUGCCGUGCCCCUGCAGGGUCAGUUUCGCCCCCUCUGCCGGUACGAUCCUUUAGAUUUGGGAGAUGUGGAUGAGAACACACAGAAAGCGCUGGCCUGUAAACACCUGAGACGGUUCAUCGUAGACCCUUCCCUCGCACGAAUCGUGACCAACCACCUUGCUGGAGACAUUGAUGAUGGGAAAGCUGUUAUAUUUGAGUGUAACCCAGGUCCUGGGGUGUUGACACGCGCUCUGCUGAACUGUGGGGCUCAAAGAGUAGUUGCCCUGGAAAGUGAUACAAACUUCCUUCCUGAGCUGAAGGACCUGGAGAGCAAACUGGAAGGACAGCUGGAUGUGGUUCAUUGUGACUUCUUCAAACUGGAUCCCAUCGGCCACGGCAGCAUGAAACCUCCCGUCAUGUACUCAGAGAAGCUCUUCUCUGACCUUGCCAUCUCCGAGGUUCCUUGGUCAGCAGAUGUCCCAGUCAAAAUUGUGGGGAUCUUCUCACAAAGAAAUGAGAAGAACAUACUGUGGAAGCUGAUUUACAACCUGUUUGAGCGCCGCUCCAUUUUCCGCUACGGACGUGUGGAGUUGAUCAUGUUCAUCAGCCAGAAAGAAUAUACGAAACUAGUGACCCGUCCUAGAGAUUAUAAGAACUACCAAGCUUUCAGUGUUCUCUGGCAGAUGGCCUGUGAUAUUGAGUUACUGCAUGAGGAGCCUUUGUCAUCCUUUUUAACUGUAAGCAAGAAGACUGGAAGGCCUUCCUCAAAGAACACUCAAUCCCAGAGUGAUAACCUUUGCUUGGUGCGGAUAACUCCACGUGAGGACUUGUUUAACUCUCACCUGACUCCCUUGAACGGCAGCACUCUGGUUUUGAUGCUGAAACAAUGCCUUGCCAAAAGGAAAAGCAGAUUGAUAGAACAAAUUAACUCAUGGAGUCCCGGCAGUGGAUCAGAGCUCAUUUCAAAGCUCGGCUUCCUUGACGACACAAUGACAGGCGACGUUUACCCUGAUGAGUUCAAGCAUUUGUUUGAGCUAAUGGAGCAGUCCGGAAACUUCACUGAGAGCUGGCUUUAUGAGGAGACGCUGGAAACCACAAACACCGGUCACGCAUAACACUGCCAUAUACAGACAUGCAGAGCUAAUCAUGGAGGAAAAACAAAAGACGUUGUUUUAUAUUGAAAAGACAGCUAAAGAAGAAAAACACUGUAUUGCUUAAAGAAACCAGAAUCCUUAAUGAUGGCUAAUAGCCUAUUUAGACAGACUUGUCUAUGAAGGACUUUACAUUUCGAUAAAGUUGUAUUUAGUCAUAAAAUGUGGACUGGAGCUGGUUUCAUCAGUCAGUUUGGUUGUCGGUGACUGCUGGUUGGAUGUCAUUUUUUGGUAUCAAAAAAAAAAAGAUAGUCACAUUUUCAGAGAGGUAUUGUUGCCAUCCUGAAGCCAUGAAGCCAAUAACCAUUAAGUGUGUACUACAAGUACACCAAAUACCUGCUUGAUAUCUAAUAGUAAGUAGGAAAUAUCACAUUUGAACGUUACAGGACUAAAAAACUGUUUGUAAUUCUAAUGAUAACAUUACCAAACUGAUUAAUGAUGUACAUGUUCAAAAUGACUUUUUGCUUGUUUCUUUGUUUGUGUCAUUUUUGGAAUGUUUGUUGUAUUUAAAUAUAUGAAUUUUUAAUAAACAACAAAUAAAUGACUACAUAAAUGUAAGAAUUGCUUGGUUUUGAAAUAAUGAAAAUGGCAUCUAUCUAUCUAUCUAUCUAGAUAUUAUGAAGAACCAAACCUGUAGAAAGAAAGAAAUGUAAUAAUAGGAUAAUAAAUGGCUGGCUAAAACAGAUGCAACUGAUUCAAUAAAUUUAGUCCAGAAUU